ACUGUGCUUAACAUUUACAUUACUCAUCCAUUCAUGUAAAAUUCAGAUUCCCUUACAUUUUGCUGAAUCAAAUUUUAUUUCCUUAUAGCUCUAGAAGUCAGGCUUGGUCUCAUUGUGUGUGUGCUUUUCUCUGAUAUUCUGCCAACUCUGUGCUGGCCUUGUAUACGUGACUUGAUGUGAGUGUGCCCUGUCAUGGACUGGUGUUUUGUCCAAGGCUGACACUUUCCUAAUGGUUGAUCUGUGAGAAUGAGCUCUGGACCCUGCAGACCUGAACCAGAAUUAAUAGGAUAGGAAUCUGGCCUUCGUCUCGCUGCUCAACUCCCAGUAAAGUCUAAUUCAGGGCCAUGUGAUGAGCUUACACCCAGCGCUAUUGGAACAGGCUUUAUUCCUUGUGCAUCCCUGGAUUGGAUUAAGCAUGUCUGAGAAUGAUAUGGGAUGUGGGGAGCUGGAGCCUGUCUUGGGAACAUGGAUGCGAAGAUGGAGUCUUUCCUCACUGGCACACCAGUUCACUACAAGGCACACUUGCACAUACCUAUACUCCAGUCAUGCUAUGCCAGUGCAUCAGGUCAGGCUGUUACUAUCAUAAAGCAAUUUUCAAUUAUAACACAUUACAUAGUAUCUUCUUUGGGUGCCCAGGAGGAAGGACAGGUAUCCUGGUUGGCAUAACAGAAGGUUUCAUACCUGGCCAGGAGGCCAUAAUGGAAGGACCAGGAGAAUGGACUCGCCAGAAGCAGGUCGUUCCCCCACACAGCAUGUGGCAGUAUUUCUUAGGGCUAAACCUGAUUGGGACACCCACAGGGUUGGAUGGGAAAUGGAGUCUGGAAACACAACCCUGUCUUACACAGCUGGUUCUGUUCAAGAUAUUUCAACAAGAAUGGAUCUGUCUCAUAGACAUGAUGACGAAUUACUGGAAGACACAUCACUUCCUGUCCAAACAAGUCCUGCCUCUUUCGUCUCCACCUUUAUUUAAAGAGAGAGAACCCGCGUCUGAGAGACACAACUCCUUUUCAGAACCAACCUUUUUUCAGGACAGUUUGUGAUCAUCUACUCUGAUCACUUUUCUUUGGUCAUCUUUGAUUUUGUUUGUCUUUUAUUAAACUAAAGGGGCUCUGCUCCCUGCUCACUUCGUUCGCCAAACCCAAUGAGGGCCCUACGUAAAAAAUAUUAAAAC